AUGACUUACCAUAAUGUCUGUGGUGUCUUGGCAGUAAAUAAGUCCACACUCAGUUUAAAUAGCUAUUUUGUGAAACAACUGUCUAUUUAAUGCUCCUACACCGUGUUGUGGAUGGAGUGUGUGGACGGAGCUACCCAAGGCGAAUGGAGUAUGGUGAAUCAUGGAGUUUGAACGAGUGGGAGGAUUUAAUGAGCUCUCUUUCUCAGCUUUUUCGGGUAGCUGUUGGGAGGAAAUGCACAGAUCAGGAGGUGCAGGAACUGCUGGGUGAUUUGGAUGCUGCAUGUACACAAGCUGUUUUACAGUGUGUGCAUGCUAGAUGGGAGGAGGUCAGACAAGCUUUGGUGAACAGAACCAGUGCAAUAUCCAGCACACAACUACAGGAUUUCAACUGGCAAUUAAAACUUGCAUUAUCCAGUGAUAAACUGUCAUCUUUAAACACUCCUCUAUUGAACCUUAGUCUAGACGUGAGGGAGAAUGGAGUCCAGAGAGCUGUAAACAUAGAAAUGAACAAAGAGGAGCUACAGACACUCAUCAACACAUUAGAUGCAGCUAAUAAGGUAGUCCUGCAGUUGAAAUAACACACGAAUGGCAUUUUUCUCUCCACUGAGAUGGAUCUGCAAAGACAUGCCUAAGGAAAGAGGAACUACAGUGCCUUUAUGGUUCUGUACAGGAUGGAAAAUUAUUAGCAGCAAAUACUGGGAGGGAAACAUUGGAAAGACUGGGAUGUGGCUGUGUACAGGGGGUUGGGGGGGUGAGUGCAUGGGUAGACUGAUUUGCUGCUGGCAUUAUAGUAAAUAGUUGUGACUUGGUGCCUCAGGCAGUCAUCUGUUGUUGCUUGACUUACAGUGUGAUUUGGUUUUCUGAUUUAUCUUAAUGAUCAUUCAAGAAUUGUUUUUUUAUAUUAAGGAUUUGAUACUGCCAAAUUCUUUAAGAAUAAAAAAGUUUAAUACAAA